UCCCCUGCAGCAGCGCUGGGGUUCACCUUGAAAUUCGGCAGAGUAAUUGGUGAAGCAAGGACAAGCCUGCCUGGAAGACGUCCCGUUUCUUCUGAACAGCAUCUCCGAGCCGUGCUGGGGACGGACGGGCUUCCUUUUGGAUGCCCAGCUGAACCGGCCUCUUGGGAACUGACCCUGCCGUCCCUCCAGGCAACGCCAGAUCUCGGUCUCCUGGGAACCUGCAAAGCUCUUGCAAAGCUCGCUUGCUAUGACCUUGGAUUCCUGGCAGUGGUUGUAGCUGGUUAAAGUUCGCACCGGGGCCUAUGGCAGCAGCCGUGCCAGAACCUCCUCGUCUCUGAGAGGUCUCUUCCCUGGUUCAUGUUGUGGCCUGAUGCUGCUGAAGUCCUAGGGGGACAUCGACUUGGAUCCCACCUCAAAGGUUGGGACUAUGGGAAACGGGAUGUGUUCCCGAAAACAGAAGCGGAUCCUGCAGUCUCUCUUGCUUCUCACCGUGGUGUUUGGCUUCAUCUAUGGGGCAAUGCUGUACUAUGAGUUGCAGAACCAGCUGAGGAAGGCUGAAGCCGUGGCCAUCAAGUAUCAACAGCAUCAAGAGUCCCUCUCAGCACAGUUGCAAGUUGUGUAUGAACAUCGAUCAAGACUAGAAAAAUCUUUACAGAAAGAAAGGCUAGAACAUAAGAAAGCAAAAGAAGACUUUCUUGUUUAUAAAUUAGAAGCACAAGAAACAUUAAAUAAAGGAAGGCAAGAUUCCAAUAGCAGAUACAGUGCACUGCACGUACAACACCAGAUGCUGAAGAGCCAGCAUGAAGAACUAAAGAAACAGCACUCAGAUCUGGAAGACGAGCACAGGAGACAGGGAGAUGAUUUCAACCGAGCAGUUGAUGACCACAAGGAGAAAUACGUGCAGUUACAGCAAGAAAAGGAGCAGGAGCUGUCCAAGUUAAAAGAAUCCAUGUACAAUCUGCAAGAAGAAAACAGACAAUUGAGGAGAUCCCACCAGGAUAUUCAUACUCAGCUGCAAGAUGUGAAGUUUCAGCAUAAGAAUUUAAUCUCCCAACAAAACCAGCUUGUAAUGACACUGGAAGAACACAAGAGCGCACUAAAAGCUGCGCAGUCUCAGGUGGAAGAAUACAGGCAGUUGAAGGACACCUUAAAAAAGAUGCCCAGUUUCCAGAAACCUGAAAAAUUUGAGUCGCCACAUGGUUUGCCUGUGACACCUGUGCCUUCUCCUCUGAGUGAUUCCAAAACACAGGGCACAGAUGCCGCUAAAGAGCAAAAAGAGAUUAUGCAAAAUGGUGAGCAAUCACAAGGGGGAGAAGAGGCUAUUAAAGUAAGCCCUAGGGAAGGAAGAGAACAGACCGAAGAACUUUUUCAUCCUGACAGAAAAGUGAUGGAAGGUCACGGGCCACGGGAAUUAAAUAUUCAGGAAAAGCAAGAAGCAGGAGAAGAUGAGGAACAACAUGUAGAGCAAGAUGAAGAAGAGCAGAAAAAAGAAUUAGAAGAAGAAGAAAUGGAGCAAGCUGGGCAACCAGAACACUUAACAGAUGAUCUCGAUCAAAUCCCAGAAGAGCAUGAAUGGAAGGAGAAAGAACAGACUGACGAGGAAAACAACACGGUUGGAGAACACAACCAUUCACAGGAGCCACCCACACCGAAGCCUGUAACAAGGUACAAAUUGCCUUAUGAGCAGCAGCUGGAGCAACAGAAGCUGGCUGCCCGGAGACAAGAAGAAGCCAGCCGUCUCAGAGAGCGCCAGGAGGUCCUGCAUCACGAGAGGCUUCAGGAGCAGUUGCAUCGGCAGCAGCAACUUGAAGAGAGAGAGCUGAUGCUGAGGAGGCAGGCCGAACAGGAUGAAGAACAAUUUAAGCAACAGCUCAGCCAGCAAUCCCAUUAUGACAAUGUAGAUCAGGAUAUCGUGCAAGGAAGAGAAGCAGGUGUACAUAAAGAAGAUGAAAAUUAUGAGAGACAGAACCAGCAUCCAAGCAGAGUAGAAGAUGAUGAUCAGAAUAAUGCAAAUGAGCAACAGGACCCAGAGCUGGAGUACCAGUCAGAGAAUGAGCAAAACGAAGAACCAAAGACAGUCAUGGAUGAGAUCAACCCAGCUGAUGAUCCCAACAACCAGGGAGAAGAUGAAUUUGAAGAAGCAGAGCAAGAGAGGGAAGAGAAUCUCCCUGAAGAGAAUAAAGAGCUAAAACCAAAUAACCAGAAACAAGUGAAUUCUGAAAUGGAAGACCAUUUGGUGGUGGUGGGCAAUCCGGAUCAACAGGAAGACAAUGUGGAUGAGCAGUACCAGGAAGAGGGAGAGGAAGAGGCCCAAGGAGAUCUACCCGAAGAGAAGAAAAGGGGGCUGGAACACAAUGGUGAAGAUCCAUAUGGUGAAAAUGAUGAAAAUGGUGAAGAAAAAAUGAGCGAAGGAGUUGAUCAAGAGGAAGAUAUUCAUGAAGGGAAGCAACAGAAAGAAGGACAUGAUGAAAACUAUGAGGAAGAGGAAGAGGAAGAAGAAGAAGAAGGUGGUCCUGUUGCAGUAAAAGCCCACAGACGAGGGGAAAUGUAAUCCUGGGAUGGUUUCCUGACAUUAAGUGGAAGAAAAAGGGACAAGAGGGAGAGCAAAAUUGUGUAGGUGC